AUGACUUGUUUGAGGGCUCUUCUAGGGCUACAAAGGAGCUAUAAAGGUCGUUAUUUUAGGGCUAUUUUGGGGUUGCAAAAGCGACUGGGAUUAGCAUGUAAGGUUAAUACCGAUAGACGUGAGAAAAUCCGGUGCACGUAUGAGUUGCUAUUGGAGAAGCUACACGAAUUCCUUAUCGGGGUUGCUAUAUGCACGAGCUUGCUAAUAGAGCGAGUUGAUGCGUACACAAGGUUGGUUAGUGGAGUUGCAUGGGAGAGAGCUAGAGAUAUAGGCUAUGCUUGUUUAUUUAGGUUGCUUGGAACCGUUAUGCAUGGAGGAGCAGCUAUGUGGGUGUACGAGGAGGAGAAGAUUGUGAUGUGUGAGGAAGAUGGUAGCUUGAUCCAACAAGGUGACAAUGACGAGUGGAUUAUACCAAAAAAUGCAAGGGUUUUAUAG